AUGGCGGAAUCAUUAGAUGAUGUCAAUCCAUACGAAUUCGAGAUCGGCGAAAUUCUUCUUUACCUGCGAUUUGCAAAUCAAGAACACUCUGCAUCUGACUCAUCUGUUCCAACCGGGUUAACGAAUGGCGAACCGGGCAUCGCCGUGAACCAGGCGCAGGUGCAGCAGGGCCCGCUAGACAUCGCGCUGUGCUCGCGCAUCCCCUACACGGUGCUCCGGCCGGACGUGUACGCGCCGUCCGUGAGGGCGUUCGACGCGGCCACGGCCGGGAGGAAGCGGGUGGCCUCGCCGACGCCGCCGUUCGAGCUGUGCUACGACUCGCGAGAGCUCGGGUCGACGCCGCUCGGCUACGCCGUGCCGCAGGUGGACCUGAUGCUCGAGAGCGGCGCCACCUGGACGGUGUUCGGCAGCAACUCCAUGGUGCAUGUCAGCGACAACACCACGUGCUUCGCGUUCCUCGAGAUGAAGGAGGAGAAGCAGGAGGGAGGACAUGGCUACGGCGACGGUGCGGCGGCGCCGGCCUCGGCGCAGGCGAUGGUCAUCGGAGGGUUCCAGAUGGAGAACAACCUGCUGAUGUUCGAUGAGGAGAAGGGACAGCUCGGCUUCAGUGGCCUGCCCUUCGGAAGGCAGACGACGUGCAGUAACUUCAAUUUCACUCUCGCUGGCUAG